AUGGCAUUCUUUGUACUUACAGCAACUAGUCUGCCGUAUGCUGGCGUUGAACGUAGGAACAAAUUGUACUCUACGGACUAUAACUACAUGGAUUUUAAUGUAGACGAGGUUGGCCUGUGGGUGAUUUACAGCACUUAUGAUUCAAACAAUACACUUGUGGCAAAGCUGGAUGCUGAAAACUUAAGGGUGCAGUAUAAUUUCAACAUUACAUUGGAUCAUCGAAAAUUUGGUGAAAUGUUUAUUGUAUGUGGUCAUCUUUAUGCCAUUGAUUCCUGUUCUGAUAAAAACUCACAAAUACGUUAUGUUGUGGAUCUGUAUAAUGGAAAAUUGCUUAAUGUGGAUUUACCAUUCUCUAAUCCUUUCCGUAAAACAACAACUGUGGGCUAUAAUCCACUAACUGUGAAUAUUAAAAUAUUUCCAACAACUCCACAAACAAAUGCUGGCGUUGAUAUAACAUAUGACGAAGCAGACAGGCAUUCAAACGCAAAGCUGCUCAUAAAUAUUUUGUGUCUGGUAAAUUAUGCGUAG